AUCUUAGCAACCAUGUUGAGUAUACAUUGCAAAAGACAUGAUACAGUAUAAGAAGUUUCUGUUUUCCCUGUAACCACAGCCUGAACCUCUUGCUGAAGAAAAAAUACAUGGAAACUCAUAACAAAGCUGGAGAGAGAGAAAGGUAACCCAUAUUCAAAAUAAUGUAGCUUAAUACCCACAACUUACCUUGGAAUUUUCCCCCAGUGAUGGAAUCUGAUGUGGCUGAUCACAUGACCCGUCUGAAGCUCAAACUCCUUGAAAAGAAAUUAGAAAAUGAACAUGAAAACUUGGAUGACUCUGACUCACCCGUCUCUACAAGAAAUUAUGACAAUUAUGGCUACGCCUUACAAAGUGCACUGAGAAGAAGGAAAUAUCUUCUACAGCAGCUCAGAGAACAAAAUCUUUUGGAAGAACUUUCAGUACCACAAGGUUUACCCAGAAUUCAUAAAAAGCCCUUGAAGCCACAUCAUAUCUACCAAAUUCCUCUUCCUCCUCCUUCUCCUCCUCCUCUUCCUCUUCCUCCUCCUCCUCCUCCUCCUCCCCCUCCCCCUCUCCCUAUACCUCAACAACCAAGAAUUAUCCAGCAAACAUUACCACAGCAACCAGCAACCAUAAUUCAACAAAUACCUUCAUAUCAGCCACCACUCAUUACACAGAUUCCAUCUCCACAGUCCUUUUCAGUACCUAGAUCUGGGAGUAUUAAAGAAGAUAUGGUAGAAAUGAUGCUAAUGCAAAAUGCACAGAUGCACCAAAUCAUUAUGCAGAACAUGAUGCUGAAAUCUUUACCACUGACAUAUUCACCAACUAGUGGGUAUGGGGUUCCGAUGCUUCAACACGGACAACAGCUUACUGCUCCUGUUCCAGUAAGAGUGGAGAAAUCACAACCAUCAACUGUACAUCAUCAUCAUCACUACACAUCUUUAGGAGCACCAGUUAUUCCUUCUCAAAGUGGCUUCCCCAUAUGGCCACAACUGGAGGGUUUCCCAUCUGAAGUCCAUAAUCUGCCCAUUCCAGUCAAUGCAUCACCCAUGCAAGUCAAGAGUUUGCCACAUGUGCCACCCCACAGACUGCUUGGAUUACCUUCGGGUUUGUAGAUUCCAUAACAACAGUCUAGAAAAGGUGGCUUGCAAAGGGGCAAUGAAUACCUGAUUAAAAGCAUUGGAGCUCUCUCAUCUGAUACUUCACUGCAGAAAGACAGAAAUGAUGCACAUUUGCUGAGAACACAGGGAUUGCAGCGAGCAUACAAUUUCCACCUGAUACAGCAGUCUUAUGCAUCAAUUCUAUUUGACCUAUACCAUGUGAUAAAUAAUGUGCAC